UCCCCUUUUUCACAGUCACACACCACAACUUGAUCCUCCUCCUCCACAUCAUCAUCAUUAUUUAUCUUCACUACCCCAUUUCUCUCUUUUGGUUUCCAAUGGCUGCCUUGAUGAAGUUUUCAUGGCUGGUGGUGUCGUUGGUGAUGGUUUUGAUCAUGGAAGUAGGGUUAGGGCAAAAUGUAGAUCCAUUUGGGCCAGUAGGAGGAUUUAGAAGAAGAGAAAUGGUGCCUGCUAUGUUUAUAUUUGGAGAUUCUCUUAUCGAUAAUGGGAAUAAUAACAAUCUUCCUUCUUUUGCUAAGGCUAAUUAUUUUCCUUAUGGUAUUGAUUUCAAUGGUGGCCCUACUGGUCGUUUCUCUAAUGGUUACACCAUGGUUGAUCAAAUAGCUGAAAUGCUAGGACUUCCUCUGAUUCCUGCAUAUUCUGAGGCAUCCGGAGAUGAUGUGCUUCAUGGAGUGAACUAUGCCUCUGCUGCUGCUGGAAUCCUUGAUAUCACUGGCAGAAAUUUUGUGGGUCGCAUACCAUUCAACCAACAGAUACGCAACUUCCAGAACACACUUGAUCAGAUCACAGAUAAUCUUGGGGCAGUUGAUGUAGCUAGGGCUAUUGGAAAGAGCAUGUUCUUUGUGGGUAUGGGUAGCAAUGACUACCUUAAUAACUAUCUCAUGCCCAACUACCCUACCAAGAAUCAAUACAAUGGACCGCAAUAUGCCAAUCUUUUGGUGCAACAAUACACUCAGCAACUCAACACCCUUUACAAUCUUGGAGCAAGGAAAUUCAUACUAGCAGGAUUAGGAGUAAUGGGGUGCAUUCCAAGCAUCCUUGCUCAAAGCCCUGCAGGACUUUGCUCUGAAGAGGUUAAUCAACUAGUCAUGCCUUUCAAUGAAAAUGUUAAGACAAUGAUGAACAACUUCAACAACAAUCUACCAGGUGCAAAAUUCAUCUUCCUUGAUGUUGCUCGAAUGUUUCGAGAUAUCCUCACCAACGCUCCAGCAUAUGGAUUUAGUGUAAUAAAUCGAGGAUGCUGUGGCAUAGGCAGGAAUAGAGGACAGGUAACAUGCCUACCAUUCCAAACACCCUGUCCGAACAGGGAACAAUACAUCUUCUGGGAUGCAUUCCACCCAACUGAAGCUGUUAACAUCCUGAUGGGAAAAAGGGCAUUCAAUGGAGAUACCAGCAUUGUGUAUCCUAUGAACAUAGAGCAGCUUGCCAAUCUUGAUUUAGAGACAAACUAAUAAUGGAAAUUGAAACUUAGCCAAUCAUGCCAAUCUGUACUUUGUUACAGCUGAUCUUCAGCUAACUAGAGGAAAAAGACCAGAGAGUAGUACUAUAUAUAUAUAUAUAUAUGAUUAUAUGGAAAUCAAAGAGCAGUUGUUUUGGUGUAUUGCUACCUUUGCUGCAACUAUACUUUGAUUUAGUUUUGAUGAUUGAGUGAUGAAAGGUAUUGCUAUUUUAAAGCCUGAUUUUAAUCUGUUGUUUGGAUGCUU